AUGCGGGAGAGGGUGCCGUGUGAAGGCUCGGUCAUGAGGCGCUUACUACAGUGGGCGGGGCUGGAGGACUCCGAGGGGCGUGUCCCGGGGCAGGGCGCCGCUCGCGCUCAGGCGGACAGAGGCGGUGCUGAACUGGCAGAGCCGGCCUGUGUGCGGCGGCAGCAAGCGGGAAUGGAGGAGCCGGAGCCGGCUGCGGGCUCCUCCCCGCGGCGCUUCACCUGGGAGGAGAUCGGGCUCCGCACGGGCCGGGGGCACCCGCAGCAGGAGCGGUGGCUGGUGAUCAACAGGAAGGUCUAUGACAUCAGCCAGUUCUACCGGCGGCACCCGGGGGGCCCCCGAGUCAUCAGUCACUACGCGGGGCAGGACGCCACGGAUCCUUUCACAGCGUUCCACCUUGACAAGGCUCUGGUGAGAAAGUACAUGAACUCGCUGUUGAUUGGGGAACUGGCAUCGGAUCAACCCAGCUUUGAGCCCAGCAAAAAUAAAUUGCUGGUAGAGGACUUCCGCGAGCUGCGCACUACGGUCGAGAGGAUGGGACUCCUCAACCCCAACCACCUCUUCUUCUUCCUGCUUCUCCUGCACAUUCUGCUGCUGGAUGCUGCCGCUUGGCUCACCAUCUGGUACUUUGGAUCAUCCUUGCUGCCUUUCCUCUUCUCUGCAUUACUGCUAGGCACCGUCCAGGCCCAGGCUGGGUGGCUCCAGCACGAUUUCGGGCACCUCUCGGUGUUCAGCAAAUCCAAAUGGAACCACUUGGUUCACAAGUUUGUGAUUGGCCAUCUGAAGGGUGCGCCAGCCAGCUGGUGGAAUCAUCUGCACUUCCAACACCAUGCCAAACCCAACUGCUUCCGCAAGGACCCUGAUGUUAACAUGCACCCCUUAUUUUUUGCUUUGGGAAAGACGCUGUCUGUGGAGGUGAGUCUGAGGGAUGUCUGGGGGCAGGUUGGGUCACUGGAAGAAUGCGGCAUUAAAAGGAUCCAAAAUCAGGAAGCAGCAUAAAGUUGGGGAGAACACCAACUAUCAUGCAGAGCUGCAGAACAGCUGGGCUGCCUCUGUAUUUCAGGCAUUCAGGGAAGGAGUUGGGAGGGAUGGACCUCUUGCUUAAAAUCCAAUUUCCUGUGAGAGAGGAACAGGAAGUGAGAUCAUGGAGUGGCAGUAGUUUUUAUUUUAUUUUUUUUUUGUCCUGGUAUAACUUUGACUUGGAAAAUUGGUUUUGCCUGAAAAUGUCCAGCUUUUACUCUGGAGGCAAAAAAGAAAGUUCAUUAAACUGCUUUUGAAUCAGUAUAAAAAUUACCCAGAUUUAAAAUGUUGUCUUAUAUUAACAUUACUUUGUCUUCCCCAGCUCCAAACAACUUGUUACAACUUCUUUAAACUUUCCAUACAGUUAAACUUCAUUAAAAGUUGCUUUUUUUGCUAUGUUUUCGAAUGUGUUAAAGAUUGCUUCAUGAUUAUGAGUCAGUAUUCAUUUUCUUAGCUGAAGAAGAGCUAUGACGAGAUACAGAUUUGGAUACAAGUUGCUUGUUUUGUUAAUUUUUAGAUUAGCUUGGCUAAUUUUAGUGCUCCAGGAAGUGAAACACCAGCUAGCAUAUAAAAGUGAUUCAAGAUUCCUAUGCAUUCAGCCAAAACACUAGCUAAUUCAGUGCUGGAUUCAUGGGCCCACUGAAAUCAGUGGGAAUCUGUCAGUCAAUUUCAGUGAGAUUUGGAAUUGGUCCCAGCUGGAGUGCAAAUGCAUCUCUGGUGUAACACUUCCAGAAAUGGUUUUGACAUUUGGGUUUUUUAAAACAUGAACCCAAAUGAAUAUAGUGACUGGCUCAGACUUUCUGAUUUUUUCCCCCUGGAACUGAGGAAUUGUUGACCUACUCAGUGCAGGGAAGCAGUAAAUUUGAUAUAUCUGGACUUUAGUAAUGCUUUUAACGCAGUCCCACCAUGAUAUUCUCAUAAGAAAAUUAGGGAAAUAUGGUCUUGAUGAAGUUACUAUAAGAUGGACGCAGAACUGGUUAAAAGACCAUUCUCAAAAAGUAGUUAGCAGUGGCUCAUUGUUAAACUGGUAGGGCAUAUCCAGUGGGGUGCUGCAAAGGUCUGUACUGGUACUAUUCAGUAUUUUCAUUAACAGCUGGGAUAAUGGUGUGGAGAGUAUGCUUAUAAAAUUUGCAGAUGACACCAAGCUGGGAGAGGUUGCAA